UAUUCACAUCAAAGAUGGCAGCGCCCUUGUCGGCUUUCAGAAACUCAACUUUAAAGUCAAAUAAACAGGAAAGUACUCCAUUUGAACAAGAGCAAGAUGCUAACUCUGCAUUGUCUGAGCUAGACAGAGGUCUUCGGUCAAUGAAUGUUGGUGUACAGUGUGAAGCAGUUGUAAAGUUUCCCCGGUUGUUUGAGAAGUAUCCAUUUCCAAUAUUGAUUAACUCUGCAUUUCUUAGACUGUCAGAUGUCUUCAGAGCGGGAAAUAAUUUUAUACGUUGGUGUAUAUUACGUGUUACUCAAGAAAGUGAGAAGCACCUGGACAAGAUCCUAAAUGUUGAUGAAUUCAUGAGAAGGAUAUUCACUGUGUACCACAGCAAUGACCCUAUAGCUAGAGCUAUCACCCUCAGAACUCUGGGUAACAUUUCAUUGAUAAUUGCGGAACGUAAGAAUAUUCACCACAGUAUAACUGUAAGCCUCGAUUCUAAUGAUGCUGUAGAAGUGAAGGCAGCCAUCUUUGCAGCACAAAAAUUCUCGGAACAAUCAAGGGUGUUUGCUGCUAACAUAUGUGACAAGAUAUCAGAUACGAUUCACAGUGUGGCUACACCUGUAAAACUCAAGUUGUCUCUGAUUCCAGUACUACAGUACAUGCAUCAUGAUGUUACCAUGGCAACAAAGGCACGGAAUGUCUGUUCAGCACUGUUGUCAAGCUACCCAGCUGAGAUGUUUAUGGUCCAGACACUCAGAACCAUGUCACAUUUAGCAGUCUUAUCUCUGAUAGAAAUACCUACCCAGGUUGAUCUAUUGUUACAUCAUCUACAUGUAGACAGCAGACGGAACGUGAAAGUUGUUUGUCUACAGGAACUGAAGAGACUGGCAGAUAAAACUUCUCACCUGUGGACAUACCUACAAAUACAGGCUGUAUGUGAGUUUAUACAAAAUACAUCUUACAUAGGGUUGAAGACUGGGGCUGUCAAUGUCCUGGUGUCAUUGUCAAAUGCUGUCACAUUUAAAAUUGUGUUUGCUAAACAUGAUUUUCAUCGUAGCUUACUGGAUGUAUGUAAUCUAUGCUACGUACAUGACAAUCCAGUUCUGAUGUCAAAGUUAACAGAAUUCUACACAAAUAUUGUCAUUGCUUAUAGUAAAACUAAAGGCACUGAGUAUUGGUGUGGACAGAACUUGGUAGAUAAUGUAGUGACAGCAGUACAGACACAGAUCAUGGUACUUAUAACAGAUCCACAGAACACAAAACCACUCAAGGUAUGUUUACGGUGUGCUAUAGAACUAAGCAAGCAUCAACCGAAGGUUGCCGACACAUUUGUUACCUGUAUUGCCAGUCUGCUGUCAGAGACUGAAGAAAAAAGCAUAGCCUUGCUGGUAUUGCUUUUGAACACGUUCACAUUGUUCGCAAGUUGUGCUGCGCUGUGUGAAAGUCUUGCAGCUAUAGGAUCUCUCAACCAAUCAUUGCUGCCCAAGUCAGUGGUUCCCCAACUAUUGGGAGUCUUACAGAAUUCACUCAAUGCUGGCCUGGAACCACACCAGAUGCAGGUUUAUUUGUGCACAGUGUUGUUUCAAGUUGCUGGUGGUUCUCCAAUCCCAGCAGAAGUGGAAGGUUUGAUCCUGGCAUGCGCCGAGAGAGCUGAUCCCUGGCUAGCAUACAAGACUGCCCGCCAGGCACUACGUUAUGGUCAAUGUGGAAUUGCAGAGAAGAUAUUCCAGGCUCUAGCGAAAAAAGUAUCAUCAGAACAUUUCUAUUUCUGGUUGAUUGGUCUACAGGAGAUAACUUUAGGAGAGAAAUGUCUACACUCCAACACUACCACUGUCAUAGCAAAGCUACAGCAAGCACUAGCAUAUUAUCAUAAAGGACUCACUUCAUUAAAGGCUGCAGUGGUACCUAGCUUCCCUCUGCAGUUCCAGUCGGAGUACAUACAGUUACGAGCAUCACUCCUGGAGGUCCACACCCAGCUGCUACGUACAUGUAAUACAUUCAAGACCUGUCCUCCCCCUGCCAUUGCUGCUGCACAGGCUGUAGCCAAGGGACAAGAACUCACUAAAUGUGAACAUAUUGUAACACAGCUUGGCAAGACAGCUAGAGACUAUGAGAAGAUCAGUGAAAGACUCGCUGCCCUCUAUCAGCAGUCAUUUGAUGCGGACCCAGCUUCACUACAAAAUAUACAACAAUUACAGACAAGCUGUGAACUAAUGAAACUGGCAAUAUCUUCUAUUGUACAAACUGGACAUGAUGGACAAGCAUUGCUGGCUGACAAGAUGGUCCUUGGUGUAGGGGAAGUAACUGGAGAUAAAUUUAAACAACUUCUCAACACAGUUCAUACAGAGUUAGCCACCCUUCUCAGAACAGAGGGCACUGAAGUUAUUUCACAUAAGCAUGUUGAGUUCCUGAGUGAGGCAGCAUCAAGACUUGCACUAGCUCCAAACUGUUUCCCUCGAUAUUUCUUCCAGAGUUUACAACAAACAGCACUAAAGUUAGCAAUAUCUCCCCAGCAGACGACAACAGAGCCGGUUCUCGUGCAGAAUGAUACAUACCUAACUCUCAAAGUGGAAGGAAUAGUUCAGCAUGGUUCCAAACCAGGCCUCUUCCGCAAAAUACACAGUAUUAAUGUCAUAGUUACUUCAAAUAUUGUCACCAGAGCACAAACAAAUAAUGAUCAAAAGGUAACAGAAUCUAGUGUUAACAACGUAGAACAGUCAGUGGAGCCUCACAAUGAUUACUUCAGCCUCAGUUUCAUACUUCGCUUCCCACUUGUCGGCAUUCAUUCUGUAAGCAUUGAGGCAGCUAUCACAGACACAGAGGGUGCCACUUGGAGGACAGGACCCAGAGUUAGUCUUCAAGUGAAAUCUUAUGAUGAUGCUCUCCAAAGACAGCAGCAGAAACAUGCACAAAGACCAAGCUAUAGUCAGCUUCUAACUUCCUGAUAAACAUGCACAAAGACCAAGCUAUAGUCAGCUUCUAACUUCCUGAUAAACAUGCAUGAAGACGAGCUAUAGUCAGCUUCUAACUUCCUGAUAAACAUGCAUGAAGACGAGCUAUAGUCAGCUUCUAACUUCCUGAUAAACGUGCAAAAUGACCAAGCUAUAGUCAGCUUCUAACUUUACGAUAAACAUGCACAAAGACCAAGCUAUAGUCAGCUUCUAACUUCCUGAUAAACGUGCAAAAUGACCAAGCUAUAGUCAGCUUCUAACUUCCUGAUAAACAUGCAUGAAGACGAGCUAUAGUCAGCUUCUAACUUCCUGAUAAACGUGCAAAAUGACCAAGCUAUAGUCAGCUUCUAACUUCCUGAAAAACAUGCAUGAAGAUGAGCUAUAGUCAGCUUCUAACUUCCUGAUAAACGUGCAAAAUGACCAAGCUAUAGUCAGCUUCUAACUUCCUGAUAAACAUGCAUGAAGACGAGCUAUAGUCAGCUUCUAACUUCCUGAUAAACGUGCAAAAUGACCAAGCUGUAGCCAGCUAACUUUCUGAUAAACAUGCACAAAGACCAAGCUAUAGUCAGAUAAACAUGCUCAUACAAAGACCAAGCUAAAAUCAGCUUCAGAAAUCUAAUUUCAUGACUUAGCAGGUCAAAGUUCAAAUUUUGAUACUGAAUGGUAGUCAUGUAUCGAUAGGUAAAACCUUUGUCAGUAACACAAAAACGAAAUAAACCAAGUUAGAUAACUUUUGAUUGAAUUUUGUAUAAGUUAUGGCCCGAUACAUGCAAGGAAAAUUUUAACCAAAUAUUCCUAGUAUUAAACAAUAUAAUUUACAUAAAAUCCAAUCAAAAUUUAUCAAAUUAGAUUACUACAGGAAAUAACUUUUGGUUGAAAUUAAUUCUAAUUAUGGCCCUCAAUUACUUAGAAGUUUUGGUCGAGGUAUUGUUUGGAAGUAGUUGCCAUUGCCAUGAUAAAAUGUUAAUUUUGUUAUAAAUUGUAAUAAAAUAUCUCUCAUUUACACAAGUCAUGCAAAGUUUGUUUUCAAAUUCUUGGAUACACAUUUUAAUAUAUGUGAUUUAUGUUUGUAUCCUUAUAUAUAUUUUAAAUGUACAAUGUAUGUAUAGCUGGGUUGGAAAUAAAUGAAUUUGGAAGCUGCA